AUGUCUAAAAAAGAAGUACCUCACAGACCGAGUUCAUCAGCACUUUAUACUGAAUUUAUUUCAGAAGCCAAAAAGAGAAAAAUUGAUAACUGUGAAUUGCUAAAAUAUCAGCAUGAUUUUAAGCAUAGUAAUGUGAUGCAGUAUUCAUUGCACUGUUUAGUAAUGGACCAAUCUCCAGAAAUUAAAGCAGAUGUAGACAAGUUUAUUGACGUGAUGAAAGCAACAUUUACUGAAGCUGUGAUAAGUACCAUUGAAGAAGCAACAAGGAGGCAGAACAAAAGCAGCUUGUGGUAUGAGAUGCGACAUGGCCGUAUCACAGCUUCAAGGGCACAUGAAGUAAGUGUUUUUCAUACACCAGAUGGUUCAUUGGUGGCUUCUAUCAUGGGGGCAAAAAUACCUGAUACAGCUGCAAUGAGAAGAGGUAGAAAUUUAGAACUGUCUGUCCGAAAGACAGUCAGUAAUAUAUUGAAAAGAAAAAUCACCCCAUAUGGGCUUUAUGUGUGCAAAGAGAAUCCCAUGAUUGCGGCAUCACCUGAUGGUUUAAUAAAAGGUGCCGUUAUUGAAAUAAAAUGCCCUAGCAAGGCAAAAGCAAAAGACAGUUAUUUGUAA